AUGCCUUAUACUUGGAAGUUUUUGGGGAUCAGCAAGCAACUUUCACUGGAAAAUGGUAUGGCACAAUUGAACCAAUUGCUAAACCUAGAAGUGGAUUUAGACGUUCAAACAAUUCAAGUCCCCAGCGACCCUGAUGGUGCUUCCACCACGGACGAGUAUAUUCGUUACGAAAUGAGGUUGGACACCUCUAAUUUGGAUGAGGACACUUACUCUAAGUUCAUUUUCUUGGGGAGCUCAAAAAUGGAAGUACCGAUGUUUCUGUGCUAUUGCGGGACAGACAACCGUAAUGAAGUGGUAUUACAGUGGCUGAAGGCGGAGUACGGCAUCAUAAUGUGGCCAAUCAGUUUUGAUCAGGCAACCAUGAUAAGGUUAGCAGACGCUAGCAUAGUGCACGUGACGAAGGAGAACCUCGAACAAAUUACCUGGUUUAGCUCAAAAUUAUAUUUCGAGCCAGCAACACAAGACAAAAACUUGCGGCAAUUCAACAUAGAAAUACCUAGAGAGAGCUGUCAGGGCUUGGCUCUUGGCCAUGGCAACACUAUGCACCCGUAUAACGAUGCAAUUGUUCCCUACAUUUAUAGUGAGACGGGGAUGGCUGUGGGAAGACUACCCUUGACUUCCAUCAUAUUGGCGGGCCACACGAAAAUAAUGAGAGAAUUCAUUGUCACUUCAACACGAACUCUUAGAAAUAGAGUUCUGGCAGUUGUACUUCAGUCGAUCCAAUUUGCCAGCGAAUAA